GCCCCUGCUGACCCCACCCCAAUUUGCCCCCAGGUAGCCAGGAGCCCCCAGGCCGGCCCUGGUGGGGGCGGGGCCGCUCAGGUGUGCAGCCCCCAGGUGUGGCGGGGAUGGACCCGGCCACGGCGUCCCCGCGGUGUCACCGGAGCGCGGAGGAGGAGGAGGAGGGGGAUGUGACAUCACCCCUGUGUCACCCUGCCGGGAGCCAGCACGAGGAGGUGGCAGCAGCGGUGACAGCCACAACGUCCCUGCGGUGCCACCCCGGUGACAACGAGGAGGAGGAGGAGGAGGAGGAGGUGACAGCUGUGACAUCCCAAGGUGGGCCGUGUGGCAGGGACGAGGAUGUGGUGGCAGCAGGGACAGCAGGAACAGCCACAACGUCCCCAGGGUGCCAACCCGGCGAGGAGGAGGUGACAGCAGCGGUGACAUCCCCAGAAUGUCACCCUGAGGAGGAGGAGGUGACAGCAGCAGUGACAUCCCCGGUGUCUCACCCCGGUGAGGAAGAGGAGGAGGUGACAGCAGCGGUGACAUCCCCGGUGUGUCACCCCGCUGAGGAAGAGGAGGAGGUGACAGCAGCAGUGACAUCCCCAGUGUCUCACCCCGGUGAGGAAGAGGAGGAGGUGACAGCAGCGGUGACGGCGGCGGUGGCCACCUCCGUGCCGGGCGGGCGGCGCGGCGCGGACGAGGACGUGGCGGCGGCGGGCUGGCGGGCGCGGCGCAAACACGUCUUCGUGCUGAGCGAGGCCGGCAAACCGAUCUACUCCCGGCACGGCAACGAGGAGGCGCUGGCGGCCACCAUGGGCGUGAUGAUGGCCCUGGUGUCCUUCAUCCAGAGCGGCGGCAACGCCAUCCGCGCCAUCUGCUCGGGUACGGGGCCGGAGGGGCUGCGGGUGGGGCUGGGACCCCUCCCCAGGGGUGGGACCCCUCCCCAGGUUUACACAGCCACACCUCCAGGUGUAGCACGGCACAGGUACAGCCGUGCCUGCUCCCCCUCCCUGCCCCAAAACCGCCUGGCGCGGGUGAAUUCACCGGGUCGGCCUGCCCGGGUACAAACAGCGCCACGAAAGUGGUGUUGUCCCCCAAGCCGUUCCUUGGGGAGGGGUCCUGAUGCACCCCCAAAGAACAGCCGCCUCGCUACAGUCCGGCUGUGCGCCAGCGACCUGCACCUGCUGCUCAACCUGCUGGGCGGAGGGGUGGGCGCGGGAGAGGUGUGGACGCCGGUGUGUUUGCCCCGGUUUAACCCCGAUGGGUAUUUCUACGCCUACGCGGCGCGGUUGGGCGAGGAGGAGGAGGAGGAAGGGGAGGAAGGGGUGACGCUGAUCCUGCUGUCCACGGAGAGGGAAGGUUUCUACGCGGCGGCGGCGUGCAGGAGGCAGCUGGAGGAGACGCUGAGGGCUCAGGGCUGGCUGGCGGAGCUGGCGGCGGCCGUGAGAGGGGGAGCGGGGUAUGGCCCGGCCCGGCCCGGAGCCCCCGAGCUCCGGCAUUUCCUCUACAAACCCUUGGAGGGGCCCGAGGAGAUGCAGCAGCUGCCGCAGUUCACCAGCCCCGAGCUGGAGGAGCCCUACAGCAGCGAGGAGGAGCAGCAGCGGCUCUUCGACCUGUACCAUUACCUGCACGGCCGCGUGCACAGCCCGCAGCGGCCCCUGCGCCUGCUCUACCACGUGGCCGAGAAGGAAACGCUCCUGGCCUGGGUGAGGAGGGGGCAAGGAGCCCUCACAGGGGCCCGGGGGCAGCAGAGAGGGGUUGGGAUGUGGCCGGGAGGUUCUGGGGUUGGUGGGUGUCGCUGGCUGGUGGCACCGUCGUUAGAGCCCGCAGUUAAUUAACGGGAUCACACAAUUAAUG